AUGGUAGAAAUGCAGCUAAGAAAUGUAAAUAAAAGUGUUUAUGGUAGGAGAUUCACAAAUAAAGAAAAAAAUCUCGCUCUUUCUUUUUACAAACAAUCACCAGCACUCUAUCUUUUAAUGAAAUCAUUAUUGAUACUUUCUUCUGUAACAUGUGUCAAGCGACAAUUAUCUAAAAUCGAAUUAGACACUGGGAUAAACUCAAAUGUCGCUGAAGUUUUACGAGCAGCAGCAGAAGAAAUGCAGGACGAUAAAGAAAAUACUUUGGUACUCAUGUGGGACGAAGCCUUUUUAUCCAGUCAUAUUUGGUACGACAUGAAUAAAGACAAGAUUAUGGGUUUCGAGGACUUUGGAAACAAGAGGACGAGCUUCUUCACAGAUCACAUUCUUACGUUUAUGAUUUGA